AGGCGCAGGGCCGCAGGUGCAUCCGGGAUGUCUGCCCAGCGCUCCCGUUCAAACGCGCCGCCCCUUUCUCUGAGAGUUCCCGAAACCGCCGCUGGGGGCCGCCACUGUGCGGCGGUCCGUGUGGACAGUUCCACCUUCUGCCGCUGAGGACUGGGGGCGCCACCGCCACCACGGCCGGUAUUCUGAAUAUUCUGGUCAACGUGUUCUGUUUAUUGUUGAUCUGUGUUGAAAUUCGGCCAGGAUUCGCGUAACAAGCCACUAAUUAUGUUGUCCAGAGCUGCUUGCAGUGCGAGGACGCUACACGCGUUGAAGAAUGGAUGUAUGGACGCAGAGCGAUUGGGAAUUGCAAGCCAUAGAGUAUUAUGGAGUCAGCCCUCCAGAAAUGCUUCAACUCCAAUAAACACUAUUGUUAUGUUUGUUCCUGAGCAAGAGGCAUGGAUUGUCGAGCGAAUGGGAAGAUUUAACAGACUUUUGCAGCCUGGCCUUAAUUUUCUUAUCCCAUUUUUAGACAAAGUGAAAUAUGUACAGAGUCUCAAAGAAAUAACUAUUGAUAUUCCAAAGCAAAGUGCCAUCACUGCAGACAAUGUGAAUUUAAAUAUUGAUGGCGUCUUGUAUUUAAAAAUAACUGACCCUAAAAAAACUAGUUAUGGUAUAGAGGACCCUGAAUUUGCAAUCAGUCAACUUGCACAAACUACUAUGAGAGCUGAAUUAGGUAAAAUGAGUUUAGAGCAGAUUUUCCAAGAACGAGAAUCAUUAAAUGUGACUAUAGUUGAAGCCAUAAACAAGGCUAGUUUUGAGCCAUGGGGCAUCUCCUGUUUAAGAUAUGAAAUCCGUGACAUUACGCUGCCUGCACGAAUCACUGAAGCUAUGCAGAUGCAGGUGGAGGCAGAACGAAAAAAGCGAGCUGCAAUUCUCGAGUCAGAAGGGCAAAAAGAGGCUGCAAUUAAUGUUGCGGAGGGACAGAAGAAAGCAAGGAUCUUAGCUUCAGAGGCUGCUCAGUUGGAGAAAAUUAACCGAGCAAAGGGUGAAGCUGAAGCUCUUCUCACAGUAGCCAAGGCUAGAGCCACAGGUUUGGAUGCUGUUGCGGACUCUCUAAGGAAAUCUAAUGGAAAAAGUGCAGCAUCAUUAGUUGUUGCUGAGCAGUAUGUGAAUGCCUUUGAAAAAUUGGCCCGCACCAAUAAUACUCUUAUUUUACCAAGCAAUGCUGGAGAUAUAUCAAAUGCUGUAGGACAGGCUAUGUCUAUUUAUAGCACAAUUACUAGAAAUCAACUCUCUGAAGAUAACCAGAUCAGUCAGAGUCUCCCUUACAAAGGUUCCGAUAUUGAAGAAUACUUCAGUGAUCACGAAAACACUGAGGACAGAUGUGAUUCAAAAUCUACAUCACAUCCGCCUCCACCAACAACAUCUACCUGAUUGUAAGAAUGUUUAAUAAUUUCACUUGUGUGAAUUUGUUGUUGCCUGACAUCAUCCAAAACUUGAUACCUUCAAUGAAUUCAAUGAUUUACUUCAUAUCCAUUGAAGAUCUUGUUAUAGCAGAGUAUUUCUCCAUCACAUCUGAUUAAUUAUAGCAGAUUGGGCGCCAUUCCUUCAUUGUAACCAUAUUUUUAGCCAUACCACUGUGCUACCGUAGAUAUAUAAAGAGAGAUAUACAAUUUUUUGAAUAUGCCUGUAGUUGCUCCAAAGUAAUUUUUCUGGAUUGUUUUUGUAUACAUUGUCAUCAAAUCUUUCUUAACCAUCGUCUGGUACGGAAGUUUUUUACUCUUACUGGGUGUCAUCAUGUACCCGGAGGGUCUUUGGGGAGAAAAGAGAAAACCAAUUUUCAAUUUCGAAUUCUGAUUUUAUUUUUUUUCUUUUAGUGUGAACGGAAUAAAUUGUGCUUAAAGAG